CCUGUCUUGGUUGACUCCGCAAUGCUCCGCUCUCGCCAUCCCAGGUUGGCUCUUUCCCCUCCGCCAUGCUCUCCACAAACACAAGUGUUGGAUCUUGUCACGGUUGGCAUCUUGGCUGCAAACCCACUGUGUUGAAUAUUAUAACCAAGCGACCUUGGGGAUAACGAUGUCACUCGUAAGGUGUUUAUCCUUUCUUUCAAUACAAUGGACAGGGAUUUUGUUAGGGAGCAUCCCCAAGACCAUCGCAGCUGAAAGUCCCAACAUCCUUCAAUUAGUCGACCCACUGAUCGGAUCCAACAAUGGAGGCAACGUGUUUGCCGGGGCCAGUCGCCCGUACGGAAUGGCAAAACCCGUGGCAGAUGUGGAUGGGCAAAAUACCGGUGGCUUUUCCACAGAUGGAAGCAAGGUGACCGGUUUCUCUACGCUUCACGACUCGGGAACAGGCGGGAAUCCGUCCUUGGGCAAUUUCCCUCUCUUCCCACAAUACUGCCCCGACAAUGAGAUCAACAACUGCAGGUUCCUGAAGGCUGCACGGGCUACUCACUAUGCGAAUGACUCGGUCGUGGCUCGGCCAGGUUACUUUGCCCUGGCCUUGGACGGCGGGAUCCGAGCCGAAAUGACAUCUACGGACCAUGCGGCACUCUACCGGUUUAAUUUCCCGGUUGCUACAUCAGCAAAUGGAUCGCAGUUGAGUCCCUUGAUACUGUUAGAUUUGACGGAUCUGUGGGAUAGCCGACAAAAUGCCUCAAUCAGUGUAAAUGUUGGGAAGGGUCAGAUCAAAGCAAAUGGCACUUUCUUGCCUAGCUUUGGUGCUGGAUCCUACGUGUCUUAUUUCUGUGCGGAUUUUGUUGGGGCAUCGGUCGAUGACGGUGGGAUUUGGGUAAACAACAGAGGAGGGACUGAAAGAACCGAGCUGUAUGUCACUCGUGGAUUCAAUAACUUCUACCUUCAAGCUGGUGGCUUUCUUCGAUUCCGAAGGCCUGAGAAUGGCACCAUCAAUGCACGAGUUGGUGUGAGCUUUAUCAGCCCAGAGAAAGCGUGCAGAAAUGCUCAAACAGAGAUUCCUCACCCGCUAGAAGAUUUCGAAGAGGUUCGGCGUGAUACAGAAACUGCUUGGCGAAAGCAGCUGAGUCCGAUAUCUAUAAAGUCUGGCGGCGCAGAUGAAGACAUACUUAGCAGUUUCUGGAGCGGCGUGUACCGAACCAUGCUCGACCCUCAGGAUCUAACGGGGGAAAACCCACUCUGGGAAAGUGAUGAGCCUUAUUUCGAUUCCUUUUAUUGCAUCUGGGAUUCUUUCCGGGCUCAGCACCCAUUCCUUACAAUCAUCGACCCUGAAACGCAAUCUAAGAUGGUACGGAGUCUUCUCGACACAUAUAAGCAUGAGAACUGGCUUCCAGACUGUCGCAUGAGUCUCUGCAAAGGCUGGACACAGGGUGGCUCGAAUGCAGACGUCGUCCUAGCAGACGCUUUUGUGAAAAACCUGACGGGGAUUGAUUGGAACCUGGCAUACGAGGCCAUGGUCAACAACGCUGAGAACGAGCCUCUAGAAUGGUCCUAUGAAGGCCGUGGCGGUCUGCAAAGCUGGAAGCGUGUUAACUACAUUCCAUAUCUGGAUUUUGACUACCUAGGUUUUGGCACCAAUUCUCGGAGUAUAUCCCGGACGGUUGAGUACUCGUACAAUGACCUUUGUCUGUCGACUGUUGGCAAGGCUCUUCACAAAGAAGAGUAUACAAAGUACCUUGGCAGGGCUAGCAACUGGCAGAAUAUCUACAAAUCUGACCAAACAUCAUCGAUCAAUGGGACGGAUACUGGCUUUGUCGGGUUCUUUCAGCCAAGGUACUUGAAUGGGACCUGGGGAUACCAAGACCCAAUUGCCUGCAGUGCACUUGCUUCAUGGUGCUCCCUUACCAGCAAUCCCUCGGAGACCUUCGAGUCAAGCGUGUGGGAAUACCAAUUCUACGUUCCUCACGAUAUGGCAAGCUUGAUCGAUCUCCUUGGGGGCUCAGACGCUUUCGUUUCCCGCCUCGACUUCUUCCACACCUCCGGCCUAGCAGACAUGGGCAACGAGCCCGUUUUUCUCACCGUCUAUCAAUACCAUUACGCCGGGAGGCCUGCACUUUCGGCUCGCCGCGCACACAGCUAUAUCCCCUCUCGGUUCAACUCCACCAACUCCGGUCUCCCUGGAAAUGACGACUCUGGCGCUAUGGGGGCCUUCGCGGUCUUCUCCAUGAUGGGUCUUUUCCCGAACCCCGGACAAAACGUCUACCUUAUCAUCGCGCCGUUCUUUGAAGCCGUGAGCAUUACUCACCCGAUCACGAACAAGACCGCCACGAUUCGGAAUAUCAAUUUCGAUAAGACGUACCGGGCUAUUUACAUUCAAAGCGCGAAACUGAAUGGAGAAGAUUACUCGAAGAACUGGAUUGGACAUGAGUUUUUCACGGAAGGCAUGACGCUGGAGUUGGUGCUAGGUGAAACAGAGAGUGAUUGGGGCCGUGGAGAGGACGAUCUUCCUCCCAGUUUGAGGUCAAAGGCGCAUGGUCAAGAUAUGGCAAGGUCCUGGUAAAUUGAGCAUAUAUAGG